GGCUUGCAGGUCAUGGAGAAGGUUCUCAAGAUGGCUGAAGGCAUCGAUAUUGGGGAAAUGAGGUCGUAUGAGUUGGUCCCUGGCAGGAAGAACAAGAGAUCCCACUCUCCAUCUGACAGUGAGUAUCCACCCAAAAAGAUGGCCCCCAGGUUCCGGGUGCGACCACGUUUUGAACCCAUACACUUUGUCACCAGUGCUGAGAAGGGUGACAAGAAGGAGGAUUCUCUGGAUAACCAAAUGCAGGAGGUGAACCAGGAGGCAAACACAGACAGCAUAAUGCAGCCAGCUGAAAAUUGCACCAAUUCUCUUGUGAGUGUGCAGGAAGCGGAUCUCCAGCUCUCCAGCUCAGCUGGGCUUGGCUUUGCAAGCCAGGCAGCAGCAGCCAAGAAGGCUGUGAAUAGCAUGGACUCUACCACAAGCAGCGUGAUGCAGGUUUCUGUUUCUCCUUCAACUGCCCAGUCUGCAUCAGAGACUUUCCCUCCAUCAGCUAUAAUGCUGAAGCAGAGUUUUAUUGAGAAACUGUCAGCAGCUGUCUGGAAAAACCUUGCUAACCCAGAUGCAAACACUGGGACUGAAAAAAUUAACUUUACGUAUCUUUUGACACGUUCAAUUCAGGCUUGCAAGACAAAUCCUGAAUAUAUUUAUGUUCCUCUAAAAGAGAUUGCCCCUGCUGACCUCCCCAAGAACAAGAAGCUCCUAACAGAUGGCUUCGCUUGUGAAGUGCGAUGCCAGAACAUCUACCUGGCCACCGGUUACGCCGGCAGCAAGAAUGGAUCCAGGGAUCGGGCUGCAGAGCAGGCAGUCAAGCUGCUGAAGAAGUCUGUGGAAGUGAGAGUUGUUCAGCGGAAGUUCAAGCACACCUAUCACGAAGACUUGGUGGUGUGUGAGGCAGGCCUGAGUCGCCCAGAUUUCCCUCCUGCUCUCAAACCCCAUGAGGAGUUUGUAGUUGCCAACAGGGACUGUGUCCCAGUGCAGCCUGGUUCUGAAGCUGCAAAAGGUCCUAAUAACACCAACAAACACUGGACUAGUUUUGUCCUCACAGAGAACGCCAGCGAUGCAAUAGGAAUACUUAACAAUUCUGCCUCAUAUAACAAAAUGUCUGUUGAGUAUAAAUAUGAAUUAAUGCCCAACCGCUUGUGGCGUUGUCAGGUGUAUCUACAGGAUCACUGCCUAGCCGAGGGGUUUGGCACCAAAAAGACCAGCAAGCACGCAGCAGCUGAGGAGGCCUUGAAAAUUCUGCAGAAGAUGCAGACAAAUCUAGCAGCCAUCAAAGUGACCCAGGUUCAGAAAGUCGGCUGCUCAUCACGGGGCUCCGGAAGGAAGAAGGACCUGAAGGACCUGGUGAUUUAUGAGAACUCCAGCAAUCCCGUGUGUACCCUGAAUGACACCGCCCAGUUCAACAAGAUGACGGUGGAGUACGUCUUCGAAAGGAUGACGGGCACGCGGUGGAAAUGCAAGGUGAUGCUGGAAGAUGAAUUUAUUGCAGAAGCAGUUGGAGUGAAGAAAUCUGUCAAGCAUGAGGCAGCAGAGGAAGCUGUGAAAAUCCUCAAAAAGACUCAGCCAACUGUUGUUAAUAACCUGAAGAAAGGAGCUGUUGAGGACGUCAUCUCCAGAAAUGAGAUUCGGGGUCGAUCGGCAGCAGAGGCUUUCAAACAGAAGAUCAAAGAAGAUAACAUUGGGAAUCAAAUUUUAAGAAAGAUGGGCUGGACAGGUGGUGGCCUAGGGAAAGCUGGUGAAGGAAUCAGAGAGCCCAUUUCAGUGAAGGAGCAAUUCAAAAGGGAGGGACUUGGGCUUGAUGUAGAAAGGGUGAACAAAAUCGCUAAGAGAGAUAUUGAAGAGAUCAUUCGAAACUAUGCACGCUCAGAAAGCCACAUUGACUUGACUUUCUCUAGAGAACUGAACACGGAUGAGCGGAAGCAGAUACAUCAGAUUGCCCAAAAAUAUGGUCUUAAAAGUAAAUCUCAUGGGCAGGGCCACAACAGAUACUUGGUGGUAGAUCUUUUGGACCAGCUGAAGCAAGAAGGCCAGGUUGGGCAUUAUGAGCUCAUUAUGCCUCAGGCAAACUGAGGUGAGGUGU